GUAAUAAUUAAAAACAACGUGGACCCCUUGUGGUUAUGUAGGGAAGCAGAUAUAGAAGUUACGGUGGCUAAGAGCGCACCGACAGACAGGGAGGGAGGCGGCAAGCUGCACCGACGGUUGGACAUAAGUGUUUGCUGUUUGUUCUGCUCGUGAGAAGGACAUCAAGGAUCCACCACUGGAGUAAAAUGGAAGACGAGGGGACGAGGAAGAUGAAGGAGAAAUUUGGCCUGAGGCGGGACAUCUUGAAGGAGUUCCUGGCGGAAUUUCUGGGGAUAUUUGUCCUGAUCCUUUUUGGAUGCGGUUCAGUGGCCCAGACGGUGCUCAGUAAAGGGGCUCUCGGCGAGCCUUUGACCAUCCAUCUGGGUUUCACCCUGGGAGUCAUGAUGGCCGUGUACAUGGCAGGGGGUGUGUCAGGAGCCCACGUCAACCCUGCAGUCUCUCUGGCCAUGGUGAUCCUGAAGAAGCUGCCACUGAAGAAGUUUCCUGUGUAUGUGGCAGCUCAAUUCCUCGGAGCCUUUGCUGGAUCCUGUGUAGUUUAUGGAUUGUAUUAUGAUGCUCUAAUGGCUUUCACCAAUGGAGAGUUCAUUGUCACUGGUGCCAAUGCCACAGCCAACAUAUUUGCGUCCUAUCCUGCCAAACAUCUCUCUGUGCUAAAUGGAUUUGUUGAUCAGGUUAUUGGAACUGCUGCUCUGAUCCUGUGCAUCCUGGCCAUCACUGAUAGGAAGAACAUUGGAGCUCCCAAAGGCAUGGAGCCUCUAUGCAUUGGUCUCAUCAUCAUGGCCAUUGGAGUGUCCAUGGGUCUGAACUGCGGUUAUCCAGUCAACCCGGCUCGAGACCUUGGCCCUCGCUUCUUCACAGCUGUGGCAGGCUGGGGUGUGGAUGUCUUCAGUGCUGGUGGCUGCUGGUGGUGGAUCCCAGUUGCCGGUCCAAUGGUGGGUGGAGCAGUCGGAGCUGGGGUUUACUUCCUCUUUAUCGAGCUGCACCACCCUGAACCUGAGAAACAAGAGGAGAAGAACAUUCAGGACAAAUAUGAAAUGGUAACAAUGAGUUAAAGCCACAGAUCUGCUGUCAUUAUUCAUCUCAGGCAGCAAAUACAUACAUAUAUUUUUGAAUAUACAGUAUAUCAAGAACAUUUAGCUUCUACCUGAAUCCUCUUCACUGCUGUAGUUUUUAUUUGACUCUUUAAUCAACAUCCCUAGGAAGUACAUAAUUAGUGGUCAUAUGCGUUUUCCAAUAAUUCAACAUCAUAAUGAUCUCUGUAAUUCAAGAACCAUGUAGUAUUUAUACCAUAUUCUACUGUUACUGUUAUUUAUACCAUAUUCUACUGUUACUUCACACCAAUCUACCUUCGUGAGCAAUAUUACUGUGUUUUUUACAGCAGUAAUAUUUCACAUCCUACGUCACUGUGUGACUCACAGGUGCUAAACACGUUCGUUUAGAAAUAGGUGCAUUUAAUAUUAGAAACACAGAGGAAUGUGUGUUUUUAUAAUGCAUUUGAAAAAUCACAUGACACAUACCAGGUCAGCAUUAUACAGUAGCCGUCAGAGCAGAGGUCUGUAACAGGAGGACUGCUGAUGUAACACAAGGGGUAGUGUCAUUUAUGGUGGAUUAGACUUAUUUUGUAUUCACACAUUUUCUUUUACUUUUUUUUCUCACAUAUGUCUGUGCAUGAAUAACUUUAACAUGGAUGCCAUAUACGUAUGUUUCAAAUGGAUGCACGGUAUAAUGCCGUGUAGUGGGGCGUCCCUGUUCCAUCUCCCUUUGUUUGAUGCCUGCUUUAGAUAACUACCAGACAUCAUGAACAUUUUCUGUUAGUCUAUAACAAAAAAUGUAUGACGCUUGGUCAAUCUUAACACAAAACUAAUCCUAACCCUAAAAUAGACAGCAUUAUACUUUAAUUUAAAAUAGUUUAUGUAGUAAAGGAUAUGAUGUUGGUGUAAAUGAGCUUGACCAUGUAAACUGUGAGGUUACAUCACUAGAUUGUGCCCACUGUAAAACAAGGCAAUCAAGUUUUUUUUUUUGUAUUUUCACACUCAUGGUGUGCAUGACUUUGAGUAGACAGAGUGUGCAUGUUCAUUGUAUGUCAGUAAUUAUGGUGAAAAAAGUAUUAGAUGUAGUAGUUAAUGACACUGAAUUAAAGAUGGAGCAACCCAUAAAAAUGCAAUAAAAAUUAAAAGACAGAAAAACGUCACUGUUUUAACAAACUAAAUUCUAUCACAUUUUUAAAAUUUGACAUUAAUGUAACCGAAAAGAGCAAAAGAUGGAAUCUACUGCUGAAUGUGCACAUUCUUGUGACAUCAAGUAUAAUAAUGGUAUCAAUUAGAAUAAUGUGGUAUGAAAUAUUGUUUGUUUUAUUUUGGGUUCCUAAAAACAAGUAUAAUCAUUUUUGUUUUGUUGUUUGUAACAGUCCAAUGGUUUUGUAUUAUAAAUGCAUUUGAACUUUUUCAUUUUUAGGAGAUCUUUCCUCACAAACCAAAGUUUUUCUAAGCACGCAAUAGAAUUAUAAUACACUGCAUACGUUAUAAUUUAAAAUAUAAUUUUCUCUGCAGAUAAGUGGCUUUUCUGGAAAUUUCUGUCUUUUCAAAUCUUUUUCCAUCAAGUUUGUUUUUCAUUUGAGAAAAUACACUGCCAAAAUACACAGGUCUUCUGAGAGAAGCCAGUUUGACAAGAAUAAAAACACAUGUAAAAAUGAUCACAUUUAUUCAUAACAUCUGUGUUGUGUAAGUGUCAGACUGUCAAGAGAUUCCACUGUAACUUUGUUAUUAGUAAAAUUACAAAAAGGCAUUUUCACUGAUUCUAUCUAUGAUCCAAAUCAAAUCUAAAAGUAACAAAGUCUCUUAGACAAUUAAAAAAAAAAAGAUAUGUCAAACAUAUGCAUGAAGACUCCAUUCAGUCCAGAACUAGCUUUUAUCUCAAAUGUAAAAUGCUGCUUUGUCAUGCAGCACAAUGACAUUUAGUUGAAGGUCUACUUUAUAAAAAAGAAGAAAUUGAUCAAUUCUGCCCUUCAAAUAGCCCAAUAUUCUUAAGUUCUGAAGUUAUUCAAAAACGUCUGAUAAAAUGGCCCUUCAAAUGAUGCAAAUGCUUUAAUAAAACCAAACUCAUUUGUUCCUUA